UUACUGCAAUAUAUUCAAGAAAUACUUAGUACCUACUUUCUUCAACUAUACAUUUUUAGAAAUGAGACAAUUUACGGUAUUUGAAACUUAAGUGUUUGUACUAGAUAUGAGAAUCAAGGGUGGACCUUGUCAGAAUAAAUAUUUUGAAAGGUUCGUGUGUGGUUGUGACUGGAAACACCAUUAAAUAGGGUUGUUGGAGUGCUGGAUAGGUAUAUAAACUGGGGAUGGUUUGAUAUUCUUCGUAACUGUGUUCGUUAUCUCAGAUAUAUAGUCGUGCUGAAGGAUAGAGAUGUAUUGUGAGAACGUCUGCAGGGGGACAAAGAGUAAUGUCUGUGGGUAACAAUGAAUAAAAUGUAUAAUUGAUCAAACAAUAAAGUGAUAUCUGACAAUAAUCGUGUACGUAGUUGUGUAAUCCACCAGUGGCUGCAAUUUGUGGUUUAUCCGAUAUUUUCGUCACUUCAUUGCAUAAUUGAUGGUUUUGCAGCUCAUAGGUUGUUUAUUCACUAAUGUAUCUUUCUUCACUCAGGUUUCCGUUGCUUUGACCUGGGAUUUGGUGCAGUCUCGCUGCUAGGAAUAAUUUUUCAUCCAGGGUUUCAGAUCUGUAAAUUUCUCUCCCGCCAUUAGAAAGAGAGUAAUAAUAAAGAGAAUUUGAUGGCAGUUGUAUCUCCUUUAGCUAAGUAUAAGCUUGUUUUCUUGGGCGAUCAAUCUGUUGGGAAAACGAGUAUCAUUACUCGUUUCAUGUAUGACAAGUUCGAUACUACGUAUCAGGCGACAAUUGGGAUUGAUUUUCUUUCGAAGACGAUGUAUCUUGAGGAUCGGACAAUUCGUUUGCAGCUUUGGGACACUGCUGGACAGGAGAGAUUUAGGAGUCUCAUUCCGAGUUAUAUUAGGGACUCUUCUGUUGCGGUAAUUGUUUAUGACGUAUCGAACCGACAGUCAUUUCUGAACACUGCCAAGUGGGUUGAGGAGGUGCGGACAGAACGAGGAAGUGAUGUCAUUAUCGUCCUUGUAGGCAAUAAAACUGAUCUUGUUGAUAAAAGGCAAGUUUCAAUAGAGGAGGGAGAUGCUAAGUCACGCGAAGAUGGUGUUAUGUUUAUAGAAACAAGCGCUAAAGCAGGAUUUAAUAUCAAGCCUCUAUUCCGCAAAAUUGCUUCUGCCUUGCCAGGGAUGGAAACCUUUUCCUCCACGAAACAAGAAGAUAUGGUAGACGUUAACCUGAAACCUACCUCAAAUGUAUCCCAGGAACAACAGGGGGGUGGCUGUGCAUGUUAAUGAAGUAUACAUCCAUAAUAGGAGAUGAAGCGAUCAGAAUAAUUAUACUGUGCGAGCAGACUCAAUUCAGCAAGUAAUAUUGAGUUUGAUAAGCAUGAAAGCUUAUUGAGAAAUGGUUGGUCGAUAAUCAUAUGAACAGCAUAUUUUUUUUUCUUGUAGCUGGACCUGAUUGAUUAAACGUUUUGUAGUGGUUGCUGAUGCAAAUUUCUCGUCCUACAUUGUGUUGCAAAGCCGUCCCAUUCUGUUUAUGUUUUUGAUUACCUUCUCUUCUUCUUGUUUUCGUGCUAAUAUUUUCUAUUUAGAUUCACUAAAGAAGCAAUUUGUUUCAUUUCUAUCUCA